UCAGUAGAGUACGCCUAGCGCGGAUGUCCGCACAUCGCGAGCGAUAUUGUACUGAAAUUCUUGAAAUUCGUUCUCAUAGUGAUAACACUGGCCAGUAAUAUUUUUCAGUCAACAAAGUGAUAUACAACCUGUUUGUGAGCCCUAAACACAUAACAUCUCGUUAAGUGGUCUACCCGGAACACAUAAUGGAUUAAAACGUUAACAAUUAACAUAAAACAACAAAAAACUUAACAAUUCAUUUAAAUAUGUUUCUUUAAAAAGUAACUGAUAGCGACUCAUAUGCCCAGAGAGGCAACGAACGUCUUCAGAGAUUCACUAAAACUAAGAGAAAAAUUGUUGGAAAAAAUCAAAACAUAUUUUAAAGAAGUGCAAUUCGUCAAAAAGGACGCGAUACGGUUCGAUUAUUAUGGGACUUGUCCAUAACAUAUUAUGAACAUAUUUAUAGGCAAUAGAUAUCAUUUAAAAAACCUCGUUAAACUAAAAUAAAAAGACAAUAAAUUAUUUGUAAAUUAAAUUACCAAGAUGGCGGCCAAAGCUGAGCCUAUUGGACCCCGUAAUGGACACGAGUUGGCGCCGUUGACCACUCGUUCUGAUGGCUCUGAAAGGCCUCAUGGUGUUACUAUCGUUCUUCAAGGAUCACGAGGGUCCUUGCAACGUGAUGCUCCUGAGGAAGACCGCGCUGCGUGGUCAGGGAAGCUCCAGUUUUUCCUGUCCAUCAUUGGGUAUUCGGUCGGCCUGGGCAAUAUAUGGCGAUUCCCGUAUUUGUGUCAACAAAAUGGCGGCGGUGCCUUCCUAAUCCCGUUCCUCAUCAUGUUAGUGCUGGAAGGCAUCCCGCUCUUCCUGAUCGAGAUGGCCAUCGGUCAGAAGAUGCGCCUGGGCUCCCUCGGAGUGUGGAACACCAUCCACCCAUGGCUCGGUGGCAUCGGCAUCUCCAGCUGCGUGGUGACACUCUUCGUGGCCCUUUACUAUAACGUGAUCAUCACUUGGGUGUUUUUCUAUCUCUUCAAUAGUAUACGGUUAACAGCCGAUCAACUACCAUGGGCUCAUUGCCCUUACGACAACGGUACAGCCGAGGCUGAAUGCAACAAGGCCUCAGCCACGGUCUACUUCUGGUACCGCGAGGCGCUGGACGCCUCCCCCAGCAUCGAUGAGCCGGGCGUGCCGCGGUGGUGGAUUGUACUGUACCUACUGCUGGCGUGGAUCAUCGUGUUCUUCAUUGUGAUGAAGGGGAUCCAGAGUAGUGGGAAGGUGGUUUACUUCACAUCCCUGUUCCCUUACGCGGUGCUGACGAUCUUCUUCGUGCGCGGCAUCACAUUGCCCGGCUCUUCUGAUGGGAUCCUACACAUGUAUAAACCUAAGCUGGAGAAACUUCUAGAUCCAACGGUAUGGCUGGACGCGGCUACACAAGUGUUCUACUCCUUCGGGCUCGCGUUCGGAUCCCUUAUCGCCUUCGGCUCCUACAACCCUCCGAACAAUAACUGCGUGAGGGAUGUCCUCCUGGUCUCCGUGUGUAACGCCCUAACAGCGAUCUACGCGUCCGUGGUCAUCUUCAGCAUCCUCGGCUUCAAGGCUUAUACCAUGGUGGAGAACUGUAUUGUCAAGGAGAUUAAAGUCCUAGCCCUGCACCAUAUCGGGGGCUUCACGCUCAACUCCACGGCAGAUUACUAUCGGGAGCAGUUCCCGAGACUGAACGGUACGGCCAUAGCAGCCCUCAACCUCACUGGAUGCACCAUGAGUCGGCAGCUUGAGGAGGCAGCUGAAGGCACGGGGCUAGCUUUCAUAGUGUUCACGCAGGCUAUUCUGAAGCUUACACCAGCUCCUUUCUGGUCCAUCAUAUUCUUCCUCAUGCUGCUGUCUCUGGGCCUUGGAAGCCAGAUCGGCAUUAUGGAAGGAAUGCUGUGCACCAUCUUUGAUAUCGACUUCUUCAAGAGGUUGAGCAAGCCAGUUAUUACUGGCGUGGUCUGCACUUUCUGUUUCUUCGUGGGGCUCAUCUUCACGACCGGCGCGGGAGAGUACUGGUUGAAGAUGUUCGACUCGUUCGCCGGCACUAUUGGUCUCGUCGUCGUCGCUCUGCUAGAGAUGAUCGCUGUUAUUUACAUUUAUGGACAUGAGAAGUUUACAAACGACAUCUACGAGAUGACCGGCUACCGCCCCGGCAUCUACUGGCAAGUGACGUGGCGCUACGUGGGCCCCGCCAUCGUCACCUGCAUCCUGCUCUCGUCGCUCGUGUUCAUGCUCAUCAACCCGCCCAUGUACGGCGCUUGGAAUGCUGACGAGGGUCGCGUCAUUAAGACACCCUACCCAACCUGGGUGUUGGUGAUCGCUGUCUUGAUGAUCCUGGCUGGCGUGCUGCCAAUUCCAGUGGUUUUGCUGCUGCGAAGGUUCCAGUGUCUCGCCUUCGACGUAGACAUCCACCAGGGCUCCAUCAGGAGGAUUGAGACCACCGUCUCCACUAAGGAGAUGAUGAGCGAUCAGGAUGUGCUCUCGCCGGAGUCAGCGCCGCCUGCGCCCGCGCAGCUUGUCGCCGACGCCGCUACUAAAUUCACCAUCGGGGAUUUCGACAACGUGGAGAGCAGCGAGGAGCGCCCCAACAAGCGCCUGCCCGCCGGCAUCGCGCGCAGUCGCCCCAAGAAAUAAAUAGCGACUCAGAAAGCGACAGAUGCGAUGCACGCCCAUUCGAAGAUUCUAGCAGUAGUGACGAAGAAAUAUUAAAUACUAAGAACACAGGGCGUCUAGCUAUGAAACCUAUAGGUCGCAAGCCGACGGCGUUUAAAAUGGACGUCGUCGACGACUGACCGUUGCAUUUCAAUUCCUUUUUUAAAUAGCGUAAUUUAUUUUUAAAUUUAGUAGAAACGGUGCGAUUUGGACACGACAGUAAAUUAAAAAUAAUUUUGAAUUUUUUAAAUUAUUUCCAUAGAUUAAAUAACGGUAAUUUAAAUUCGAAAUACGAACAUAAUCCAUGAAAUCGUGUCUAUUUAGUAUCCGCCCAGACAAUUUAUAGGAUUUGUGCCUGUAAUACAGAUGGUAUUAAUUAGUGGCAUUAUGUUAGUUUGUGAUGAUUGGCAAUACGUGGUUGGCAUACAACUGAAAAAAUACACCAAAAACUAAAUGG